AUGCCUAGCUUCCUGCGAACCUCGCAAGCCCUGCUGCCCCAAUCGAAGAAGCUGCACGAAGCCAUCUUGUCCCGGUACAUCCCCGGCUAUACUCUGAUGUCGCACUUCGCGACGCACCACCUGCGUCUCGAUUUGACCAAGUACUUCUCCCAGCUGACCUUGGCGAUCUUCCUGUGCACAACCACUGUCGAGAUCACCCCAGACGACGAGGGAUACAAGUUCUACCUGUUCUGGAUGGCGCACCACAAGCCCCUGAACAAGGUGGCGGGGUACGUUGUCACGACGGACUCCAAGGACGAUGAGGAUGGUGAUGUCGGUGUCAGCGAGAGCCCAGCCGACGCAGACACAUACGACGAGGAGAUCAGCGACUUCGACGACUGGCGCAAGACAAUCGCUCUGAUUCGCACCCAGCGUAUUAGCUUCACCCCGCACCCGGGCACCUAUCUGAACUGGUACAAGGGGCGGCCCGUGAAGAUCCAGCGCAUUCGGCAGAAGGUCGAGAAGGUCGAGAAGCAUCACGGCAAGGGGGCAACCAGCACCACCACUACCAGUGAUACCCUUCGCAUCACAACCUUUGGCGGCGGGCUGUCCUUCCACAAGAAGAUGAGCUACGAGGCACAGAUGGCCUACCGCAACCACGUGAGCAAGCGCACCCCGCGCGCCAUGUCGACGGUCGUGCUGGAUGAGGACUUGAAGUCCACCUUCCUGGAGGAUAUCAAGGAGUAUCUGCACCCCAAGACCCAACAGUGGUACAACAGCCGCGGCAUCCCUUACCGCCGCGGGUACCUCCUGCACGGCCCCCCGGGCACCGGCAAGACCAGUCUCUGCUUCGCCGCUGCGGGCUACUUCUCCCUGCCGCUGUACCAGCUCAAUCUCACCAUGAAGGAGAUGACGGACAGUAACUUGGCGUUUAUUUUCCGCUCUUUCCCCUCGCAUUGCAUCGUCCUCAUGGAGGAUGUGGACUGCGUCGGUGUGGCGCAGGAGCGGGCGAAGACCCCCCGUUCCAGGAGGGUUCCGCAGCACCAAGUUGGGGUUCCAAUGCCUCGUCAUCAUGGGGAUUCCUCUUCUUCUCGUGAGCCAGCUAACCAUGUCACCCUCAGCGGGCUCCUGAAUGCCAUUGACGGCGUCGCCGCCGGCGAGGGCCGCAUUCUCAUCAUGACCACCAACCAUCCCAAGAAACUCGACGAGGCCCUCACGCGCAACGGCCGCGUGGACCUUACCAUCGCAUACACCUACACCAAGACCCCGGAGAUUAUCAAUCUCUUCAAAUCGAUCUACUCCGAGGUUGACGGUGAUCGGGAUGCCGCGGGGGACUCCGCUGUCGACGUCUAUGCCCGUCAAUUUGCUGACCUUGUUCCGCCGGAGGAGCUCAGUGGGGCAGAGAUCCAGGGAUACCUGCUUCGGCACAAGAAGUGCCCGCAAUCUGCUAUUCAGGGAGUAGGUAAGUGGCUCGAGGAGACUGAAGCUAUGCGCGGGGGACGUCGAAAGAUACCUACUGAUAGCCCGACACAGCCCAGCGCUUCUACUGACGUUCGAUCCGCGGCUGAUUCGGAGGAGUUUUCCUGA